GCGGAGUUUGGGGGAUCUCCUUAAAUGCCUCCUGAUCAGCUGUUAGUUCAGUAGUGACAGCCUUGUUGUUGUGAGUAGUGGAUCCUAGAGAGUCAGUCAGUAGGUCAGUGUGUCCGGGUAGGUCUAAGUGGUGAGGAGUGGGACAUUGUCGUGCACCUGACGCCGCGAUGGAUGACUAUCCGAUGUAUGCGUUGCUGGUUGGGUUGUCUCUCUGGGGGACCCUCUGGCGUCUCCUCUUUCCUCUGGGCUUCUGGCACACCUUUACGUGUAGAGUAGAUACCCGAGGUGGUGCCUCCACCAAGCCAUACACGAAGGAGGAGGAGGAGAAGAUGGCCGCCAUUCUGCAGGAGAGGAAGGAGAAGGAGGCCAAGAAGAAGGCCUUGAAGGAGGAGCAGGCAGCCAAAUUGAAGAAGAUAGAAGAUGAGAUGGCCAGAGAGAAGGAGAGGAUACAGAGAGAAGAAGAAGAGAAGUUGAAAGAGGUGGAAGAGGAGGAGGAAGAUGAAACGCCACUAGAAGAGGAGGUGGCGAUGUAUAUCUCUAAAGAUGAUCAGGAAGUCGCUAUGAGAGCUUGGGAAGCAGAAAAAGAUGUUGUGAAGCAGCAGGCAAUGGAAGAUGAGAAGAGAAUGGAAUGGAGGUUGGCAGUGAUAAGGGAGAAGAAGAGGAGAGUGGACGCCGCAGCGGAGGCGGCAGAAGAAUUAGAGGAGGUAAAAAAGAUAGAAGACCAACUAGCCGCCCAGACGAAACUCCCAGCCCAAAUGCGAGUCAUAGCUCGAAAUGUUGCACGCCUGGCACGAAUUCAGGCGGAGCAAUAUGACUUUAGUAGGAGUCGACACAUAGUUGUGCGUUCAAUAAAGUUGGGAUUCUGGAACUUCGCUCGAGAGUUGGUAGGCGCUAUAGGCACUGAGGUGGGCCACCGCAUCGACAAGACUGAGCGGUUCUGCGCUGGCGCAAUCGAGGGCGUCAAGGCGGCAGCCCCCAAGGAGGAGGAAGCACGUCCUCCUCGCUGGGAACCGUUCAAGGUCAAAUUCCCUCAUUCCUACAGUAGGAAAAGGGAAGAGAACUUUGACAACUGGGAAGCCAACGUAAAGACCUAUGUGCACUUGCAACAGGUCUCCCCGGAUCAGCAGGUUCUAAUUGCGAUCCACGCGCUGAGAGAUUCACAAGGUCCCUAUGUUAAGGCCUCAGACAAGCUCCAGACCAUUCACGCUCGUAAAUGGAAGAGUGCCAGGGCGCUCAAGGGCACGAUGGAUGAAUUGGUGGCCGUCCCUGACCAUGGGGUCACAGAGGCCCAAUUGCUCAAUCUCUUCUAUCGGGCUAUGCCCGAAGCCUUUCGAGGGCAGUUCUUCGCGAAGAGCGAAGACCCUGCCACCACUCACGAUUCCCUUAGUCGUGAGGUGGUGGCUUUUGAAGCUAAGUCCGUGUCCCUGUCUACCUUCUGGCACAAGGACUUAGACAAAGGGAAGCAAUGGAAAGGCCGCACUAUCUCAGGGCAGGUAAAGACCAAGGACAGCCUUGUCCUGACCUUAGAUGAGGGUAGUGUGGAUGAGAUCCCCUACGAACAGAUCGAGUGGGGGUUAGAGGAAGAGGACAGCGGUGUGGGCCAGGGGAGGACUUACGCUGCUGUUGCGGCUGGAGGGAGGCCGCAAGGAGGAUGAGGCCAGGGCCAACGGGGCCGGGCCUCAGGGAGCCGGUUUCAGGUCGAUCAGGGGGUUGGCGGCAGAGGAGGAAACCGCCAAGCGGGAGACGGGUUAAGGUCCCCCGCAAAACCGUCCU